GAGAGAGCUGCUGGGAGGAAGUGGGGAAGGAGAAGAAUGGAUGAAACAGUUAGAGAAACACAGGGCGGGAACUGGGGAAGGAGAAGAGACGCGGAGUGAGAAACAGCGAGAAGUAUAACGACUAAUGAUGCUAAGAAAGAAGGACAGAAAAGGAACAACAGAUGACGUAGGAAAUAAAAGAAAAGAAGAAAGAGACGGACAGUGAAGGAAGGAAGAUCGGUAAGGAAGUUCACGAUAAGAGCAAGCAAGGGAAGAGGAAGAAAGGGAAAGGAGAAGAGGGGAGCAUACUAAGCAGUAGAAAUAUAAGAAGCGGAAAAGGCAAGGUUGGCACCACUGGAAAACCAAGUGGUGUAAGAAAAGAUGUAGUGGCACCACAAGAAAAGAUAGGUUGGCAAGACGGGAAAAGUGCGUGGUACGAAAGGAAGCACGUACUGAGUAUAAAGCAAGGGUAAAGAGCAAUCAAGGACCUUGGCGAAGUUGUGCAAAGGGGAAAGGAAGAAAAAGAUUAAAAAAGGAAAGAAAAGAGAAAAAUUAAAAGUAAAACAAGAUUAAUAAGGAGGGAAGGGGAGUUACUGAAGAGAAGAAAGGAUAACGAUAUGGAGAGCCAAGAGGAAGUGCUGAGGGAGCUGAGAGGAAUUAGAGAAGAAGUAAGGAGACUAAGAGAAGAAAUAAAAGAUUGGAGGUUGGAAAGAGGAACAAAGAGAGAAUGGAAGGAAAAGCAGGAGAGCGCAGAAGAAAUAGAGAAGAGGAGAAGAGGACCGGGGGAAGAAGAAUGCAAGAGAGAAGAAGAAGAAGAUGAAGCAGAAGGAGGAGGGUGGGAAAACCAGAAUGAGGGGAACGAAAGUGCAGUAAAAAGAGAGAGGGAAGAAGUUAGCAAAGAGGAGGAGAUAGAAGUGCAAGAAAUAGAGAAGGAAAGAAAUAGUGGCGGAAAGGAAGAAGAAGAGAAGAAUGGAAGAGAAACAAUAGAAGAAGCGAAGGAGAAAUGGAGAAGAAGAUCAGAGGGAGAUGUUGACGAGCUGGAAGGAGAAAAAGAGUGGAGGAGAAGAAUGGAAACAGAAGGAACAAUGAGAAGAGAAGAAGAGUGGGAAAAGAUAUGGGAGGAAAGAAUAGAAGAAAUAAGAAAGGAAAGGAGAAAAAGAAGCUUGAUUUGGAAGGGGGUAGAGGGAAAGAACUUAGAAGAAAGAUUGAAAUAUAUCAAAAAGAUACUAGAAAAAGAACUGGGACAAGAGGUAGUAAUAAAAAGAGCAACAGAAAGGGUGGGAGAAGGGGGGAGAAAUAUAGUAUUGACAGAACUGGAAGAUGAAGACCGCAAAAAGGAAAUGGUAUGGACAAAAAAUGGGAUUUGGGACAGAUGGAGGGUUGCGGUUGACGAGGAUCUUUCAAAAGAAGAGAGAAGGAUGAAGUGGAGGAUAAAAGAAAAGGCGAGAGAAGAAAGAAGAAAGGGGAACUGGGUGGAAUUUAAUAAUAGAAGAAUAUGGAUAGAAGGAGAAGAAUGGAAAUGGAACGAGAGGGCAGAAAAAUGGGAAGCCAGCAGACAGAUGGACAGGAAAUAAAGAAGAAGGACCGAAGAUAAGAGAAGAGGACCGAGGGAAGCAGGAAAGAAGAGGAAAAGGGAAAGGAGAAGGAACAGAAGAGCAAAGAAGUAUGGGAGGGGGAAAGGAGCGCAGGGGGUAAGGGACAGGGUCGUUAGGGAGUGCAAUAGAAUUAAAGUGCCAGUAGAGAUUGAUUAGACAGGGGAAGCGUGUUUAUAUAAGACUGAAGUAGUACAAAACACAGGCUGUGGCAAGUUAAUUGCGGUUGUAGUAUUAUAGCUAUCUUAUCUUAGUGUGAUCUAGUGGAUCAAAAGUGUGAGAAAGAUGGAGCGCUAAAUAUAUUCAGAGGAGUGAAUAAGGAGUAAAAGAAUAUGGGUAAGAAAGCAGUAUGGGAUAGGCGGGGGUAGGUAAGGGAGGAGUCUGAUUGUUAUUUUUUUUGGUAUUACAUAUAAGCUUAAUUCAAGCGAAUCUAUGGUUUAUCAUUUAUCGUUUAUCAUUUUACUGCAUUAUUAAUUUACUUUUAUUUUACUUUUAUGUUACUCAUUGUUAUUCUAUUAUCAUACUACAUUCUUACGCAUAGGUUUAUUUGUUUAGAUAUAGAUUUUUGGUAGAGCUUAGGCUAUCGGAUGUAAGUUAUGUUUCAUAAUUUCUUUAUAUUUCUUUAUAUUUUAUAUUUUUAUAUUUUAUAUUCGAUAUAGGCACUUUAGAAUUUUGUUUUUGCGCACAUUGUUAUACGGAUAAAUUUAAGUUAAAGUGACUCAGGCGGAUGGAUGAUCACUGGAAUAAGGAAAAAAACUUAGGGUAGGAAAAUAUGAAAGGGACAAGGAAAGGGAGGAGGUUGGAAAAGGGAGUAUGUAUGUAGCAAGGGCGUGCAAAAGUUUGUAAAAGAGAUUUGUAAGGUUGGGGAACGCUCCUGUUAAAAGCGCCACACAAGCCCGCAAGGGGAGUGUAAAUAAACUAUUACAAUAUAAAUUUCCAAGUUUUUGAGCAUAUAUUAUAGGAUUCUCUUCUGAAUUUAAUAUCUUUGCAUAAUUAUUCAUAAACGUCACUUUUCUACCUUUUUCAGCUGCCUUCAUAACUGAGAGGAGAUUCGUCCUCAACUCUGGAACAUACAGUGUAUUCUCCAAAUAUAUUUUCUGUAAAUGCUUACCUCUUCUGACAUUCAAACAUACAGUUCCUGAUCCAUGGACUUUGAUUAUUUUAUCGGUCGCUAGUUUAACAUCUUGACCCGUCACUGGUCUCAAAUCUACAAACAAAGAUUUAUUGUGGCACAUGUGUGCAGAAGCACCACUAUCCAAAACCCAUCUGUCAUCAUUGCUCCUUCAAAUGUGUGUACCCAAACUUAAAGCACUUUUUUGGGAUACUGCACCACGCUGAUCUACAUUGGUCGUCAACAGUGUUUCUUCAGCAUGCGCAACACUUUGCCUUUUACUAACCCGCACAUUUUGUCUUCUAUCAGUCUGAACAAAGCUUUGUCUUUUAUCAU